CAACAAGUGGUGACAAAAAAACAAGUAAAAUGUGCUGGUAAAUUUCACAUAUUUUUGUUAUAAAUUGAAUCAAAGCUGGUGCAUAGUUUAUUUUUCUUAAAAUGGAUGUAAUAGAGUCAAUAAAAAAGGAUAAGGCAUACGUAAAAUUCAAGUUGAUAGUGAAAAAUUGGGAAAAGGAUUUCAAAACAAAGCACUCACGCACCCCGUCGAAGUUCGAUAUUAAAGAAGCUCCAUCCAACAUAAAAUACGCAUACAAGAAGUAUUUCCAGUUGAAAAGUGCUGCAUUAGAAAAUUCUUUGUCCAUUUGCGAGUUUGACGAAGAACCAUUCGGCUCUCCUGAUCCUAUACGUCACUUAGAAGGGAGCAGCUGCGACGCUCUCAGCCCACCUGAACAUAGUUCUCAACCAGAAUUGUUAUUACCGUCGUUACCCAGCGGCCAAGAAUUAGAAAAAUUAUUAUCGAAUGUUCAAGAUAAACCAACAGCAAAAACGAAACCUCUUAGUCCUUUUACUGCCAAUUUGUCGAAAAAGUUGUUUGAAAGCAAGAAAUUUUCUAUAAGAAACCCAAGGAAAUCCUUUUUAUCAAAAUCUCAAUCUGUUUUUGAGGAUAGAACAGAUGAUAUUGGAAAGGAAAACAAUGUAGUACUAAGCAAUACUCAGCCAGAAAUAGACCAAUUAGAAUCUCCAGAUAUAAAUGUAUCCUUCAUUACAAGCAGUGCAAGUAAAAGUCUAUGUACAAAUUUAUCUUUUUCUUGUAGGGUAGAUAAUGUUAUUGAUUCAGUAAAAACACCAAAAGUGAGACAACUAAAUGAAGCAUGGCUGCAAAGGGCUGCUGGAGUGAGUUCUCUAGGACUCCAAAUUGCUAAUGUCACUGAAAAAGAACUAAAAUCUGACACACACAUUAACAAAUUUGGUAUAACCAAUAUCAGGAUACCAAAUGAAAUGGAUAAAAUUAUUGACUUUGUAGAGAACAGUGAAUCUGAAACUGAAGAUGUGACACUGGAUAAAUUGAAACCUGCACUGAAGAAAAGGAAAAUUAAUGUAAAUGUCAGCAUUACAUCACUAGAUGUAGAAGAUAAGUAUUCUGAAGAUGAGCCAGAAGCAAAACAAAAGCUGAAAGGUAAGAAAUCAAAGUAUAUAAGAAAAAAACCCAAUGAGAAACAGAAUACUAAGAAACAACAGAACAAUAAGAAAAAGAACACUAUAAUGAAAACAAAAGCAAAUAAUGAUGAAAAGCCCCCAGAAAUUUCUGAAUACAUGCCAUUUGGUAUAGAACUAGGUGUAACUCCACGACAUUCCAAACCAACUAAUAUGCUAGAAAAGAUAAUUGUAGGGAAUCAAAUCGAAGACAAAAACAAAAGCACUAGUGAUUAUGAAAAAUUAGAAAAGAAAAUUCAAAGCGGUACUUUGAAUGAAAAUUUUGUUAAAAUUAAUAUUGAGAAAAAAGUGUUUGUUAGAGGGAAGAAAAGCAUCAACUUUUCAAAGUAUAAAAAGCAACAAUGGAAAGAUAAAAAAGCCUUACAUGCAGGUAUGGAAUUCCCUGAGGCAGGUAAAAUAUCUUGCUUUAAAUGCGGAGGCACUGGUCACAUGGCUAGAUACUGUACUGCACAUAGAGGAGAUACACUCUUACCAUUAGAAAGCUAUGAUGACAAUGAUAUUCCAACUCUUGAAGAUAUGCAAAAUAUUGUUACCAAAGAAACAAACACAUUAUCUGUACCAGAACAGUUAAGUCAGACAGUAUUUGCACCCAGUCAAAUACCAGAAUCCUUUAUGAAGCUUUUAGCUGACACACCUUGUAGUAGUAGUGAAGAUGUUAUGCCUCUAUACAAUGGCUAUGAACAAGACACACCGACUGAAGUUUUAGAAGCCUUACAAAGAUUUGGUCACAAAUCCUUCAGGCCAGGCCAAGAAGAAGCAGUAAUGCGAAUUUUGAAUGGUAUGUCUACUCUGCUAAUUCUAUCAACAGGGGGUGGCAAGUCUCUCUGCUACCAACUACCUGCCUACAUAUACAGUCAACACUUCAAAUGUAUAACUCUAGUAAUCUCUCCACUUGUAUCAUUAAUGGAAGAUCAAGUUUUAAAUAUGCCUGAAUUUCUAAAAGCAGGCUGCUUACACACUAAUCAACCACCUACACAGCGACAGAAAAUUAUACAAUGUUUAAAAGAUGGAGAAAUCAACAUCUUACUCAUAUCUCCUGAGGCUUUAAUUUCGGGAGAUGGGUCUCAUGGAUUUAAUGGACUUUUUAAGUCAUUGCCUAAAAUUGCAUUUGCCUGUAUCGAUGAAGCUCAUUGUGUCUCUCAUUGGAGCCAUAACUUCAGACCUAGUUAUUUGAUGAUAUGUCGAGUAUUGCGUGAGAAAUUAAAUGUUAAAUGCAUUCUUGGAUUGACGGCAACAGCUAGCCAAACAACAAUUAAGAGUGUGAUAAGCCAUAUCAAUAUACCUGAUGGCCUAACUGGAGUAAUUACAAAUCCUACUUUGCCAGACAACCUUCUAUUAUCAGUUUCAUUUGAAAAAGAUAAAGAUAGGGCUUUAGUUUCACUUCUAAAUUCUGAAAGAAUUAGAGCAUACAACUCAAUAAUUGUAUAUUGUAUCAGAAGAGAUGAAUGUGAAAGAGUUGCAGCCAUUCUUAGAUCAUGUCUCCAAGAACCAGGUAAAUUAAAUAUGGAAAGAAGUAACAAAAGGAAGAGAAUGUCUUAUAUUUCCGAAGCCUAUCAUGCUGGCAUGUCAGCUGCACAAAGAAAGAAGAUUCAAAAACAUUUUAUGGAAGGCAGCUUACGUAUCAUUGUUGCAACAGUAGCUUUUGGCAUGGGAAUUAAUAAAUCAGAUAUUAGGUGCAUCAUACAUUAUAACAUGCCUAGCAGCUUCGAAUCUUAUGUUCAAGAAGUUGGACGAGCUGGACGAGAUGGCGAAAAUGCAUACUGUCAUGUUCUUAUGAAUAACAGUAAUACUGAUAAAAAUGAACUCUUAAAACACAUCCAUGCUAACACUAUUGAUAGACCCACAAUAAGAAAGUUAUUACAAAAAGUGUUCAUACCUUGUGAAUGUGGUGGUACUAGUGAGGCUACAGGGAAAAAUGCAAGUAAGCCAAGGUGUAAAGGACACGAAGUUGGUAUCCCAAUUGACAGUACAGUUGAAGAAUUAGAUCUUCCUUCAGAAAAUAUUGCGACUUUAUUAUGCUAUGUGGAGCUGCAUCCUAAACAGUAUAUUAAAGUACUUAAUAAUGCAUACACCUCAUGUAAAAUAUCUUCAUAUGGUGGUCCUCAAAAGAUACUGGAAGCAGCUAAAAAUUGUCCCCCUCUUGCAAUGGCUUAUUUGCUAGAAAAUAAAAAAGAUCCAGAAGUUAUUAAAAAAAAUGUAAUUGAGUUUAAUGUCAUAGAAGUUGCAGCUGCUAUUGGCUGGGAAAGUGGAAUGGCCAAGUAUCAUUUGAAAAAUUUGGAAUGGAUUGUAGAAGGUGGCCGUUCAAGAAGAUCUAAUUUAAAGAUAGAAUUCAGUACACUAGGCUUUAGGAUUAGAGCACCAGGAGAUUUAUCGGCCGUAGAACUGGAUACUAUUUUAGAUGACAUACAUGGCAUUGUUCUUACUCAAGAAAAAACGAUGUUGUAUCAAUUAGAGGAAAGUCACCAAGCAUUUAGUAAAUUUGGAAAUUAUUCCAUAGAAAGUUGUAAUUUACCUGAUGAUAUCUUGAAAGAGAAAUCAAAUGAACUAAAGCAUACAAUACGAACCUAUUUUCAGAGAGAAAACAACAUCUCCACAGAUGUUUCAUUACAAGAACGUCCUUUAGACGCAGAGCGUGCCAUAUCAGAUGUUCGCGCUUUGAUAUCUUCAUAUAAGGAUUGUACUUUUACUGGGCGAAGUAUAGCAAAAAUAUUUCAAGGAAUUUCAUCACCUAACUACCCAGCCAUUGUAUGGGGAAGGUGUAAGUUCUGGAGGUCACAUAUUCAUGAAGAUUUUUAUGGGCUUAUGAAAGUGGCAACUCAGCAAAUUAUUCAAAUGAAAAUGUAAUCAUAUUAUUUUUUAUUUAAUAAAUAAAUUAGUGACAUUACUAAUAA